CGUGCCCAACAGCAGUGGAAGAAGCAGAAGAAGACGACACGCUGGUCUUGACAGGUCUCGUUGGUAAACUUUGAAAACGUGUUUACCGGGCACCAGCACUUGCAGAGUCGGUAAUUUUGUAAUAUUAUUUCUCCUCCGCGCACGGUCGCCACCAUGGAUAUCGUAAAGGAGGUUUUGGAGAAGCAGCAGCAGACGCUGCAAAAGUAUAAACCGAUCACGGUACAGAAAACCCUCGACCCGACGAUCGAUGUGGGCCACAUGAUGGUGAGCGACCCGAACUACUUCGAUGAUGAACAGAUGAAAGCGGACCGCGAAAAGUAUGUGCUGGAUUUGACCCGCGAUAAUGUGCAGCUGCUGAUUAACAGUAUCUGGGAGCUGCCGACCGAGCGUGUCGAGGAAUCGAUUGUUGCUAAGCUACCAGCAGCGAAGGCUCCGUUGCCGCGUGCCCGAAAACUACCCGUCCCGAAACCGCUCACCAAGUGGGAAGAAUUCGCCAAGAAGAAGGGCAUCAAAAAGCGAACGCGCGAGAAGAAGGUGUACGAUCCGGUGCUGGACAAAUGGGUACCGACGUACGGCUUCCAGCGGUACAAGGCGGAGAAGGAGAAGGAUUGGGUGUUGGAAGUGCCACAGAACGAUCCGUACCGGGACAUGUUCAAGGAAAAGCGCGAUCUUCGCAUCGAACGGGUGGCUAAGAAUGAGGUGGCCCGCAUGAAAAACAUUGCCCGUGCGAAGAAGAUCGCUACCCCGCGGACGGGUUUCGUUGGGCCCGAGUCUGCGUCCGCUAAGCAGCUCAUCACUGCGUCCAAUAUUGCUAAAGCAUCGACGGCAUCGGUGGGAGUGUUCCAGGAAUCUCUGCCGAACGAUAAACAGGCGCGCGGUAUUGGCGUGAAGGAGCUGAUGCCGGGCGAAAAGCGCAAGAAGAAGGCAUCGACGAUUGCCGGUGAAAAACGGCGCAACAUGGAUAUAGUGACGAAAGUGUUGAACAAGAAGCCGAAGAUCGACAUCGAUCGGGCGAUUUCGUUGCAGAAGUCAGAAGCACGCGCAGAACGCGAGGAGGAAGAAGCGGCCAACGAAGGCACGGGAAGAAAGAAAGCUGGCAAGGGUGGCAAAAAGGCGAAAGCAUUCAGCCGAAAGAAGCCAAAGGGUGGCCAAGGAAAGCGAAACCACAGCAAGCGUGCCGUUGGUCGGAAACGUCGUUAAACCUGUUGGCGUUUGGAUGGCUAAUGGUAAACAAAACACAUUCAAUAUACUUGAAUAUAUAACAUUUAUAUUAACAGCUAUCGUCGUAAGUUCUAGAUCGAUAUAAUUCGUGUAAAAAAAGAAGCAUUUUUUAUGAGAAAGUUUCAUUAAAAGGAAUGGAUCUAGGAAUAAACAAAUCACAAAUCCUUCAUCUAA